CAGUCCGCCGGAGGCGCGGCCCAGGCCUGCUCCGGGCGUGCGUCGGCUUAGCCGGCGGCAGAGGGAUUCUGGGUAACGACCGUGCCCUGCGGGGUGGCUGGCUCCGCCCAGCAGGUUCCACUCACGCCAGGGCCGUUGGCGGUGGCGGUUGUCCUGGCCUGACCAGCGGGACAUGGAGCAGCCGUGGCCGCCGCCGGGCCCCUGGAGCUUCCCGAGGACCGGCGGGGAGACCGAGGAGGAGAGCGACGUGGACGUUUCCCCCUCUUCUUCCCACUAUCCGCCGGCCCCGGACGGCGGCGCCCAGAUGUAUAGCCAUGGGAUUGAGCUGGCUUGCCAAAAGCAGAAAGAGUUUGUGAAGAGCUCUGUGGCGUGCAAAUGGAAUCUAGCUGAAGCCCAGCAGAAACUUGGCAGCUUAGCACUGCAUAACUCUGAGUCCUUGGAUCAGGAACAUGCCAAAGCACAGACCGCAGUGUCAGAACUGAGGCAGCGGGAAGAAGAGUGGCGACAGAAAGAGGAGGCUCUGGUCCAGAGAGAGAGGACGUGUCUCUGGAACAUGGACGCCAUUAGCAAGGAUGUUUUUAAUAAGAGUUUUAUUAAUCAAGAUAAACGGAAAACAGAAGAUGAAGAUAAAUCACAAUCAUUUAUGCAGAAAUAUGAGCAAAAAAUCAGACAUUUUGGUAUGUUGAGUCGAUGGGAUGAUAGUCAGAGAUUUUUGUCUGACCACCCAUACCUUGUAUGUGAAGAAACUGCUAAAUAUCUUAUUUUGUGGUGUUUUCACCUAGAAGCUGAACAGAAAGGCGCUUUAAUGGAACAAAUAGCACAUCAAGCUGUUGUAAUGCAGUUUAUUAUGGAAAUGGCCAAAAACUGUAAUGUGGAUCCAAGAGGCUGUUUUCGUUUAUUUUUCCAGAAAGCCAAAGCAGAGGAAGAGGGUUAUUUUGAAGCAUUCAAAAAUGAACUUGAAGCUUUCAAGUCAAGAGUAAGGCUUUACGCUCAAUCUCAAAGUUUUCAACCUGUGACAGUUCAGAAUCAUGUUCCUCAUUCUGGUGUUGGAUGCAUAGGCUCCUUAGAAUCCUUAUCACAGAAUCCAAAUUAUCUUCAGUAUUCUGUCAGUACACCUCUCUGCGGUUUAAACUCAGUGCUGCAUAAAGAAGAGGAUGACAAAAUGAUGGACACUGUGUGAUUCAGUUAAGACUGCUGAGGCCAAGGACUAUUUUGUUACAAGAAAGGAAGAGCUUGGCUAUUUUCUUGACACUUUUAUGGGUGCUGCACUUUAUUUUUGUUCGGUUUUUGAUGGGAGGGAAAGAGUACUGAAAUGUUUUGCAACUUUUUUUAUGUGCUGCUAGGGUUUUUGUUGUUUUGUUGAGUUUCUGAAGGGAGGAGUGUACCAUAUGUUGCAGGAGGUCUAGCUGGACUCUCCCCCACCCCUCAGUUACUAAAUUUGCCUUUAACUGUUCUUAAUUUUGGAAUCAAAGUAUGAAAAUCUGCACAAUGCAAUGUUUACAGGACUGGUUGACUGAGGAGGCAUCUGCUGCAUAUUCUUUUUUACAUGGAUGUGUACAUGUCCUACUUCACGGAAAGAAUUAAAGAUAAAAGUGUGCUUGUGUCCCACUGCAGAGUUCAGCUGUCAGAUCUGGUGUUCGUCACAUUAAAAGCAAUAAAUCGGUAGUGGUAAGCUACUCUUCUAGUAAGUAAACUGGAUGGCACAAAGUACUGUUCUAAGAUAAUAUUUAACAUUUGUAUUUUCGGCACCACCAGUUAACUCCUUGAUUAGUAUAAAUUUGAUAUAAAAAACAUUACAUUUACCCCUAAAGUAGUCUCAGAACUGUGCAGAAGUUGGCUUUGUCCUGAUGACUGUUUAAAUACUAAGGAGAGUAGUGAGUGGAAAAAGCAAUCCAGCUUUCUGCUUUCCAAAAGGAUGAACUGCAUGCUUACUCUAAUUGACCUGACAUAGUCUGGGACCUCUCAGGGAGUAAGUUUAACAGAAUAGUAAUGGCCUGUAAGAACAAACAGGAAGUGUAGGGUUAUUGCUAAGUUACAGUUACUGUGUGUUCCGCUCCAGUGAAGCCUUGAAAUGCUGUAGAACUGAGCUGCCUUGAGCUGCCAACCAUCUCUAAAUUUAACAGUCACCCACAGUGGUGGAGAUGGGCCUCACUCCAUCUGUCACUCGCUUCUAGCUCAUUCACUAGAGGAUGCUUCCAAUUUCCUUCUUCCUGUGUAAUUCACUGCAGAUCCACCAGGAUAUCUGAUGAUUCUUUUUAUUUAGAAUUAGCUGACAGUGCCAAUUAUGAUAUCCUUGUUAUUUGAGGAUUAAUCUUCUGACAUACAGGAGCACUAGUUUGGUUAUUUUGGAGUGUUAAUCUUUGGCUCAGUACCCACUUUGAUUUGUAGCAAAUAUUUGGAAAGUGGGUGGCUAGGGUUUGGGAAUACAGGUAGCAGUUUGAGGAAGGAAAUCAUGCUAAGCGGUCAUGAGUGGUGCAGAGCUCUGACCUCUGCCUCAUCGGUCAUCUUUCGGCCGAUGUGGUAUCCGGUACUUGUGGAAAUGGACUGGAAUCAUUGACUCAUCCUCCUGUAAUGUCAUGAUCUUCCUGGUUCCCAGAAUAAAAGUCUUUUUGUGCUUUUGAUAUAAAUAUAUAUACUCUAUAAUAAAAUGUUUGACUAAUUUA